AUGAGUGAAGUUGAUUUGCCAGCUUUAGCCGAGAGCGGAAGGAAUGCCAAUGAAAAGAUCAAGACAGCAGCGCAGGAAGUAAACCUUGCACUCAAAGAGUGCGGGUUUGGCCGCUUCCAUUUGCGGCUAAUACUUGCCGCAUUCUUUGGCCUGGUCUCCGGAAUUGUUCUGGGUAACAGUACACCGUAUGUACUGUCGGAAGCAGAAUGCGAUUUGAACAUGAAUCUUCUGCAGAAGGGUAUUCUGAAUGCUAUGCCUUUUACGGGUAUGCUAACGUCCUGUGUUGUCGCUGGUUUCCUAACAGAUAAUUUGGGAAGGAAAAUCUUUCUUAUCUUCGGCUACGGUGGCACUUUCAUCUUCACUAUAAUUUCAGGCCUCAGUCAAACUUACAAUAUUUUGAUCAUUUCAAAAUUGCUAGAGGGAGCAUUUUUUGCGACAGCUUACAACCCAGUUAUGGCUUUGACAUCAGAGUUCUGUCACGAUGGCGUGAGGGACAGGCUUAUGAUAGUCGCUAAUUCCUUCUUCCCAAUCGGACAGAUUAUAGUAGCACUGGAGUCAUGGGGCAUAUUGAUGCAAAACUGGAAAGUCUCGCUGUUCGAUGGGUUUAUUGUCCUCCACACAUGGAACUACUACUUCUUAAUACUGUCAUUAUGGCCGUGCAUGGCCUGCAUAUCGUACGCUUUAUUACCAGAAAGCCCUAUGUAUUACAUCACUCAACAUCAGUACGAUAAAGCGAAGGAAGUUCUGAUUAAGGUUUACAAGGAAAACACGAAGAAACCGGCCGAUACAUUUAAGUACAAAGACCUAUGGAAAGACAAGAAUAAGCACGCCUUCGAUGAGAAACCUGAAGACCACACGUCAAUUAAACAUCAGCUCACGACUGGCUUACAUAAUAUCAAGCCAAUGUUCAAGAGACCUUUGCUGUGGUUUUUGAUAAUCUUCUGUAUAUUGAACUUCAUUUCUAUGAAACUUUACAGUGUACUGAGAAUGUGGUUCCCUCAGUUGUCAGCGAUAUUUGAACAUUACUCCAGCCAAACGACUGACAUGUGUGUCAUGCUGGACACCUACACGGAGGACGUUAACGGAAUACUUGUCAACAAAGUUGGUAAACGCAACCUCUAUCUCAUAUGUGGGACUAUCUCGAUCGCAUUAACUAUGGCGUUGCGAUGGACGAAUUCAAAGACGGCUAUGGUCUCCUUAUUUUCUUCUGAUGUCGCUGUUUCACAAUUGAUGUCUAGUUUAACUCAGACGAUGGUUCUUGAAUAUUUUCCGACUAGCAUACGAUCGCUAGCCAUGUCAAUUGUUAUGACUGUCGGUAGAACGGGUACCGUAGUAGGUAAUGUCGUUUUCCCGAUUCUUUUGGAUAUGGGAUGUGCUGUACCAUUCUUCGCAUUAGCUGCUAUAGUUGCUGUGACUACAGCAAUGGCGGUGAUGAUUCCAGCUAAGAAGAAAUAA